UGUUGAGUCACUGUAGGGAUAAAACACGGCGUGGAUCGGAUGGACAAGAAUAAGAACCGGACCGAUCUGCUUGCCGCCGGCCGUAAAAAGCUUCAACAAUUUCGGCAGAAGAAGGAUAGUUCAGGCAGUAAGUCCUCAGGUAAAAACAGUAAAUCUGAGAGUGAGGCCACUGCAGAUUCAUCUUCUGCUGCCGAUAAACCUAUUGUGGUACCACAGAAUCUUCCUGUUGGAGAAAGAUUAGUGCAUAAUUCCGAUGCAGGGAGUAUUGAUACAUCAGCAUCGGAUUUGUUUGAUUAUACAGUAGCUGCUGAUAUUGAUAUUGCCACUGUUGAUUCGACAGGAGUGCCUGUUUUACGUAAGGCAGGCAUAGCUGAAACAACAUCAACAGCCACUCUUGAAUUGCCAUUGGAGGAAUCAGGUGUGGGUGGGGCUGUGUUGGACCAUAGUGUUGGCAAGGGAUAUGAAGUUUAUUCUUCAGUUGCUGUUGAAUAUGGAAGUACCCAUGUUGGCCAUCCCGAGGAUGCAAGUGUUACUCCUCCAGAAACUUCGGAGACAGUUGCUUUUGAAGGGAAAUCAAUAAACGUAGGUAUGCCUGUGCAUGUUCAUUUGCUACCCUCACCUAAUAUUACUAGUCAAGUGGGUGCCAUUGCAUUUGAAGUUGAACGUGCGCAUGGAGAAGAUCAGGAAGCUGAUGGUUUGGCCUCAAAGCAAGGUGAUAGAGGCAGUGGGGUAGAGCAUGAAGGCGACAAUGGGACUCUUUUAAUUGGGCCUGAGGAUAGUACUGAAGCUCAUACGGGGACUGCUUCAGGAAAUACAAGCAUGGAGGAUGCAACCGGUGAGGCAGGUUAUGUUUCUGGAUCUACUGGCGCAAUCAAUGAGGUAGAAGAAAUUCUGAAGGUGGACAGGCAUUCAGUUUUGGCACAGCCUUUGCCUGAGUCAGAUGGGUCUGCAGCUGCAAGUCCUGAAGUGACAGUUCAGCAGGGAGAAGAAGUUGCAUUGGGUUCAUCUAAUGAAGACAUAUCAAAAAUGGCAUCUACAGUAGGUGGAGGUAUAAAUACAGAACGUGUUCAAGAUGACGUGGGGUACAAGGCAGUAGAUGUGGAUAGAUCUUUGAUGUCUAUGAGUCAUGGCAAUGAAAGGUCUCUGGAAAGUAAAAUGUUUUGUUUGUCUUCUGGGGCAGAUGUAAGCUCGAUUAGCCUCUCUCAACUUGCAGAGGUGCUACGAGGGCUUGACGAAGACGAGUUUAUGUUUUUGUUCAUGUCAAGAGAACCACCUACUUCAAAGUUAAUCAGUGCUAAAAGUUUGGAUGCACCUGCAUCUGGGUCUUUUCAUGUUCUGGAUAGGCUCAAAGAGCAGUUAUAUCUCACAAAUUUUGAAAAAGAUACCUCCCACGUAGAGCUUGCUGGGCAGAUAGAGUUACAAAUGGAACUCCAUCACCAACAUCAACAGUUGGUUGAUGAAAUAUCCAUGGCCAGUGCUUCACCCAAUGAAGUUCAGGGGAAAAAUGAAAGCCUUGGUGAAGAGCUUGCACAGUAUAAAUCUCAACUUCAGGUUGUUGCUGGUGAGAGGGAGGAGCUUCAAAAGCAAUUUGAUAUCCUGAAAGCGGAGACUCAGGAAUUUACUGCCAGAGUUGAUGAGUUGCAGACCAAGCUGGAAAGGUCACAAGGGGAUUUGUCGAGCUUGUCUAUAGAGUUGACUGAUUGCCAGGAUUUGGUGACAGCUUUACAGCUCAAAAAUGAAAAUUUAAAUGGAAGUCUCACUUCUGUGACAGAGGAGAGAACAAAACUUGUAGAGGAGAAGGAACAUCUUGUCCUUGAGAAUGGGAAGCUGACGACAGAGUUCGUGGAGUGCAAAGCUUCCUUAGCAUCAUUACAAUUGGAAAAUGACAACUUAAGUGGGAAUCUUGCUAUUCUUAUGGAGGAGAGAAGGAAACUUGCGGAGGACAAGGAAUAUUUUUUCUCUUCGAAUGAUAAACUGCUAAAUGACUUAGAGGAAUGCAGGGCUUUGGUGGAAGCUCGUCAGGUGGAAAUUACCAACUUAAAUGGGAUCCUCACAUCAGUAAUGGAGGAGAGGAAAAAACUUGAGGAGGAAAAGGGGUAUUCUGUCCAUGAAACAGAGAAAUUGUCAACGGAGGUAAUGAGCUGCGAGGGUUUGGUGGAAGCUCUUCGGGUGGAAAUUGCUGACGCAAAUGGUAACCUUGCUUUGGUCACUGAGGAAAGAAACAAGCUUAGGGAAGAGAGGAAGUACUUUGUGAGCGAGAAUGACAAACUGUUGACGGAGUUGGCACAUUGCAAUGGUUUGAUAGCAGGUUUGCAGGUGGAAUGCGGAAAGACCGUGGAUGACUUAAAAGAAGCUGUGUUGCAUCUUGAACAAGUCACUGAGGAAAAUGUUUUUCUUAAAAGCAAUCUGGACUUGCAUAAAGCUAAGCUAAGUGAAUUUGAUAAUUGGCAGACGAAAUUAUUGUCUCGAUCCGAGGAACCUGGGAAUCAAGUUGAAGGUUCUGGCGUACCAAGCAUGAGCCAUGGAAGUGCAACAGAUGAUGAUGGUUCUCACCAAAUUCCUUGGAGUGGAGGGACUGAAAAUCUCUUUCCUGUGCCAGAAAAGCCCACUGCUGAUUGCCAUGCAGAAAGAGAACUUUGGCAUCUUAAAUUGGAUGUGUCUGAUGAUUCCUUUGGGCUUGUAGUUUUGAAAAGACACGUGGAAGAGGCAGAGAAAGUAAUUAUGAAACUUGAGAAGGCAAUUGACGGGAUGCAUUCUCAUUCGGCCUCCUUGAGUAGGUCCAGCAGUAAAGCUGUUGCACCUGGGGUAUCAAAACUUAUUGAGGCAUUCGAGUCGAAGGCUCAUACCGAGGACCAUGAUUUGGAGGAUUUUUGUUUAGCUGAAAAUCAAUCAGCUACAGAUCCAUAUAUGUUAGGCAAAGAGCAAACCAGGUAUCUGAGAACAGUGUUUAAGGAGUUGGUUCUGGAAGCUGAGAACGCCAGUAAAUUGCUCAAGGGAGAGGGAAAUAGUAAAACAUCCACUGAUGUUGCAUUUAUGGAGUGCAAGAGUCACUGUGAAGCUUUGAAGGAACACAGUAACAACUUGGAAGAAGCAAACAUUGAGCUUGUGGUUCUAUAUGAAGCCACAAAGCAGCAUGUGUGCGAUAUUGAAGCAAAGGAGUGUGAGCUUGUGGAUCUGUAUGAAGCCUUAAGGCAGCAGAACAUUGUUCUUAAAGCAGAGAACAGUCAGCUUGGGAAAAAGCUGGGUGACUUUCAAGCGAGAAUCACUGAGUUGCAGAUACAGUUGGGUGAAGUGCACAGAAGUUCAGAUCAGAUGGCUUCCUCUAUCUACAGUCAAGUGGAAACUCUGCAUAAAGAAUUGGCUGAUAGGGUGUCAAAACUGGAACAAGAAUGGAAUUCUACUGUUGCUUGGAUUGUUGAGACAGUUGGUAAGCUGGAUGCAUCUAUUGAGACCUUUAGCUCCUCCUCUCUUUCAACUGGCGUUCAUCAGGGCCUCAAUGUAGGUGACUGUGUUGCUGCUUCUGUUGAUGCUGCCUGCAAAGUGAUUAAGGAUCUGCAGGAGAAACUUGAAGCUGCUCGCCAUGACCAUGAAACAAUGUGCUGUUUGUACAACGAAAUGAGUGAGAGGUUCAAUGAUUUGCAAGGAAAGAAUGAAUUGGGUUUUGGUAUGUUGCAUAACAUCCGCAGUAACAUUAGAAAACUUGUCAAUGCUUCGCGUGGGUUGAAAGAAGAAAGUGAAAUUGACAUACAUAAUGAGAAACUGCUAGAUCCUCUACAUCCUUCUAACUUUGAUAGCCUCAUGAAGCAGUUGGAAACCCUAUUGGCUGAGAAGUUGCAGCUUGAAUCUUUGAACAGCAAACUCAGCUCAGAGUUGGCUGCAAGAUCAAGGGAUAUUGAUGAAUUGACCAAAAGAUGCCUUAGUUCAGAUGCCAUUUUGAAGUUAAUUGAAGAUGUUGAGUGUGUAGUUGAGCUGGAAGGCAUAGAAAUCAACACAGAUGAACCUGCAUCACGACUAGAAUCUCUGAUCUCUUUCCUUGUGCAGAAAUACCGAGAAACUGAUGAGCAGGUCAGCUUGUCCCGAGAGGAGUCUGGAAUUAAGGGGAUGCAAUUGAGUGAAUUGCAUGAACAAGUAGAUCACUUAAGCUUCUUGAUCGUUCAUCAUGAAAAUGAAAACCUCAUUCUUAAGGAAACUUUGAGCACAGCAAAGGAGUAUUGUGUUGCUGUUUGUUCUGAAUUACAGGAGAAAAUAACUGAGUUUGAACAGUCAGAACAGAGGGUAUCUUCUCUCAGAGAAAAGCUCAGCAUUGCUGUUACAAAAGGGAAAGGUUUGAUUGUUCAGCGUGAAAGUCUGAAGCAGUCCCUUGCAGAAACGUCAAGCGAAUUGGAAAGACACUUGCAGGAUUUGCAGUCGAAAGAUGCCAAGCUUCUUGAGCUUGAAGCAAAACUCAAGACCUAUUCAGAGGCAGGUGAGCGUGUGGAAGCUUUGGAAUCUGAGCUCUCAUACAUUCGCAACUCAGCAACUGCAUUAAGAGAGUCAUUUCUUCUCAAAGAUUCUGUAAUUCAGAGAAUAGAAGAGAUUUUAGAAGACUUAGAGCUGCCAGAAAAUUUCCAUUCCAGAGAUACCAUCGAAAAGGUUGAUUGGUUAGCAAGGUCUGUUGCUGGAAACUCGGUGCCUUUUACUGACUGGGAUCAGAAAAGUUCUGUGGGGGGAGGAUCAUACUCUGAUGCUGGUUUUGUGGUUAUGGAUGCCUGGAAAGAAGAUGCACAACUGAAUUUGAAUCCAGGUGAUGACUUCAGAAGAAAAUAUGAGGAGCUCCAAAGUAAGUUUUAUGGGUUGGCUGAGCAAAAUGAGAUGCUUGAGCAAUCCUUAUUGGAAAGGAACAACCUUGUGCAGCAAUGGGAAGAGAUUUUGGACAGGAUAGAUAUGCCUUCGCAAUUGCGGUCCACGGAGCCUGAAGAUAGAAUUGAGUGGUUAGGAGGUGCCCUUUCAGAGGCUCAGAGUCACUGUAAGUCUCUUCAGCAGAAGAUCGAUAGCUUUGAAAACUUUUGUGGAUCACUAACUGCUGAUCUGGAAGAGUCACAAAGCAGAAUUACUGUUCUUGAGGCAGCUUUACAAUCACAAAUUAGUGAGAAAGACCAUCUUUCCGAAAGUUUGCAGAUUCUAACGCAGGAUUGGGAUAAUCUCUCACAGAAGGCAGCCCAGUUUGAGGUGGAGAAUGACAAGCUGCAUUAUGAAAUAAGGACUGUGCAAGAGAAAUUGGAUGAGAAGCUUAGGGCUGAGGAGCAUAUUUUCCACAUUGAAGGUGAGAUAAGAAAAUUGCAGGAUUUAGUUUGUGAUGCCCUUAAGGAUACAGGUACAGAAGAUCUGACUUUUGUUUCUGGUAGUGCUGAAUAUUUGGAAAAAUUACUGAAGAAGCUUAUAGAGAAGUACACAACCCUUUCCGUAGAAAAACCUGUUCUUGGGGUUGCAUUUGAUGAGCAUGAUACUGAAAAGGCUGAUGUAAUUCAUAAUGACAAGAGAACCAGAGAUUUAGGGGAUGCCGAGGAGCAGGACGUAGAGGCUCUCAAGAGAAAGCUGGAGGAGGCUCUGGGUGAUUUGAUGCAUGUGAAGGAGGAAAGAGAUAGAUUUAUGGAGAACAACCAAUCUUUGGUCCGUGAAGUUGAAGCACUGGAUAUUAAAAGGCAGGAAUUACAAGAGUUUCUUAAUCAAGAGGAGCAGAAGUCAGCGUCGGUCAGAGAGAAGUUAAUGGUUGCGGUUAGAAAAGGGAAGUCAUUGGUGCAACAGCGGGAUAGUAUGAAGCAAACCAUUGAAGAGGUAGAAAGCGAGCUAAGACACAUGAAAUCCGAGAUUGAACUUCGUGAUAACACUCUUUCAGAAUAUGAACAGAAGGUGAAGGACUUGUCCACCUAUCAGGAAAGGGUAGAAGCUCUGGAAUCUGAGAGUUUGUUCUUGAGAAAGCGUUUAGCAGAAACUGAACACCAUAUGCAGGAGAAUGGGCAUACUUUGAGCAUGUUUUUGAAUGCUUUGGGUGAUAUUGAUGUUGGUUUUGAGUUUAAUAUCCAUGAUCCAGUUGAUAAGCUGAAACAACUUGGGAAGCUGUGCCACGAUUUCCAUGCAGCUGUGGCUAGUUCUGAACAUGAAUCAAGGAAAUCUAAAAGAGCAUCUGAGUUAUUGCUUGCGGAGUUGAACGAGGUUCAGGAAAGAAAUGAUGGCCUCCAAGAAGAGCUAGCAAAAGCUGCUAGUGAGCUUUCAGAACUGUCCAAGGAAAGGGAGACUGCAGAAGCUGCCAGGCGUGAAGUUCUUGCACGUCUUGAGAAGUUAUCUGCUGUUCACUCCGAGGAAAGAAAUUACCAAUACGCUGAACUCAUGGUGUUAAAAUCAGUAGUAGAGCAGUUCAGGGAGGGCUUUCUUAAUAUCAAGAAUUUACUAGGUGACGUUCUCUCCAAGGACUUGGAAUUGAUGCACAAUCUGGAGGCUGCUAUGAAGUUAUGUCUGAAACCAAAUGAUGCUUCUGAUGGGGUUGGCCUAUCUUUUGUUGGUGUUCCUGGUGGCAUUGUUUCUACUAAUUCAGAAACAAAGGAGAAGCUUCUAUCCAUGGAUCCUUUGCCAGACUACAAAAUGCAAGAGCAGGUGGCUGAUAAUUUUGCAACUGAACUUUGUAGUUUUAUUGGACAUCACCUGCAAGGUUUCACAUCUGAAAUUGGUACUCUUAGAGAGAAAUUAUGCAGACAUUCCCAUUCAUCACAUGAAGAAGCCAACCGUAUAUAUGAAGUAGUGGGGAUCGUUUAUAGAGAAAUGAACUCCCAAAAAGAGUCCGCUGAAUCCAUGAAGCGAGAGAUGAUGCGUUUGGAGUCUAACGAUAUGGAGAAAGAUAGGGAAAUGGUGGUACUGCAUAGAAAUAUUUCUUUGCUUUAUGAAGCUUGCACUAGUUCAUUAAUUGAAAUCGAUCUUUGGAAAGCCCAGCUGGCUGGUAAUGGUUUGGCUGCUGGAGCUCUUGGGAUCAACUUUGAAUCUCCAACUUCUUUUGAUCAAGGAAACAGUCUUGGUCGGGCUCUUCCGUUUUCUGAGGAUUCUGUCAGUACUAUGGCACAUAAUCUAUUAUUGGCUAUUAAGGAUUUCAUUAAUAUGCAAGCUGAGAUUGGAGAAGCUGGCCAAAAGGGAAUGAAGACUGCCAUAUCUAAUUUGCAGAAAGAGCUUCAAGAGAAGGACAUCCAAAGAGACAGAAUAUGCAUGGAGCUUGUCAAUCAGAUCAAGGAAGCUGAAGCUACUGCAAAGAGUUACUUGGAGGACCUUCAGCUUGCAAAGGCGCAGGUACUUGAUUUAGAGAGACGGGUACAUGAGGUGGAGGAAGAGCGUAUUAUGUUGGAGCAGAGAGUAAAAGAGUUACAAGAUCAAGAAGCCACCUCAGUAGACUUGCAGGGGAGAGUUAAAUCACUGACUGAUGCAGUGGCUUCCAAAGAACAAGAAAUUGAGGCGCUGAUGCAAGCACUUGAUGAGGAGGAGGCUCAGAUGGAAGACCUGACAGACAAGAUUGGGAAAGUGGAAAGAGAUUUGCAGCAGAAGAAUCUUGAUUUGGAGAACCUUGAAGCUUCUCGUGGAAAGGCUAUGAAAAAGCUCUCUGUCACUGUGAACAAGUUUGAUGAACUUCAUCAUCUCUGUGCAAACCUUCUCUCUGAAGUUGAGAAGCUUCAAUCACAACUGCAAGAUCGGGAUGCAGAGAUUUCUUUCUUAAGGCAAGAGGUCACCAGAUGUACUAACGAUGCUCUAGUUGCAUCCCAGAUAAGCAGCAACAGAAAUUCAGAUGAGAUCCAUGACUUGUUGACGUGGUUAGACACGAUGAUUUCUAGGGUGCAGGUGCUUGAUGUACAUAUUGAUGAUAAGAAUACUAAUCAGGUUCACGAAUAUAAAGAGAUACUUCAGAAGCAGAUCACGUCUGUAAUAUCUGAAUUAGAGGAUCUACGGGUGGUGGCACAGAAUAGAGAUACAUUGUUACAAGUGGAGAGGAGUAGAGUGGAAGAAUUAACACGAAAAGAAGAAUUUCUUGAGAAUUCUUUGCGAGAGAAGGCGUCUCAAUUAACUAUGCUUCGAGGAGUGGGAGAUCCUGGACAAGCAACAAGCAUCACAUCUGAAAUCAUGGAAGUUGAACCGGUGGUAUGUUAUUAA